CCAAGAUCCGGUACUUACAGGAAUAUCAUAACCGGGUUCUUCACAACAUUUAUCCUGUACCUUCAGGGACAGAUAUUGCAAACACCCUGAAAUACUUUUCUCAGACCUUGUUAAGCGUCCUGCGAGAUGCUCCCUCUGAACGUGGCCUGCAAAGUCGUGAUGCUCACUUGUCAGACUACCCUUCUUUGGACUAUCAAGGCCUCUACGUGACUUUGGUGACUCUCCUGGAUCUAGUUCCUUUACUACAGCAUGGCCAACACGAUCUUGGACAGUCGAUAUUUUAUACAACUACAUGUUUGCUACCCUUUCUCAAUGAUGAUAUUCUGAGUACUUUGCCCUACACGAUGAUAUCAACAUUAGCUACCUUUCCUCCAUUUCUGCACAAGGAUAUUAUUGAAUAUCUUAGCACAUCUUUUCUACCGAUGGCUAUAUUGGGUUCUUCAAGGAGAGAAGGCGUUCCUGCCCACGUUAAUCUGUCUGCAUCAUCCAUGCUAAUGAUUGCAAUGCAAUACACAUCCAACCCAGUGUAUCAUUGUCAAUUAUUGGAAUGCCUCAUGAAAUAUAAGCAAGAAGUCUGGAAAGAUCUUUUGUAUGUGAUAGCCUACGGGCCUUCACAGGUGAAACCUCCAGCUGUGCAAAUGUUGUUCCAUUACUGGCCCAAUUUAAAGCCUCCUGGGGCAAUAAGUGAAUACAGGGGCUUGCAGUACACAGCUUGGAAUCCAAUCCACUGCCAGCACACUGAAUGCCACAACGCAAUUAACAAGCCAGCUGUGAAGAUGUGUAUAGAUCCUUCCCUGUCAGUAGCUCUGGGGGAUAAACCACCCCCAUUGUAUCUCUGUGAAGAAUGCAGCCAGAGGAUCGCAGGGGACCACAGUGAAUGGUUGAUUGAUGUUCUUCUGCCACAAGCUGAAAUAUCUGCUAUAUGUCAGAAGAAGAAUUGCAGUUCUCACGUAAGAAGAGCAGUGGUCACCUGCUUUUCAGCAGGGUGCUGCGGCCGUCACGGAAACCGGCCUGUUCGGUAUUGCAAAAGAUGCCACUCGAAUCAUCAUAGCAACGAAGUGGGGGCUGCCUCGGAGACCCACCUCUAUCAGACCUCCCCUCCACCCAUCAACACUCGGGAAUGCGGCGCCGAGGAGCUGGUCUGCGCUGUGGAGGCCGUGAUCAGCUUGUUGAAAGAAGCUGAGUUCCAUGCUGAGCAGCGGGAAUAUGAACUGAACCGCCGGCGGCAGCUGGGCCUUUCGUCUUCCCACCAUUCCCUUGAUAACACUGACUUUGACAACAAGGACGAUGAUAAACACGACCAGAGGCUACUCAGUCAAUUCGGAAUAUGGUUUUUAGUGAGCCUCUGCACACCCAGUGAGAACACGCCUACGGAAAGCUUGGCCAGGCUGGUGGCUAUGGUGUUUCAGUGGUUUCACUCCACAGCCUAUAUGAUGGAUGAUGAAGUUGGGAGUUUGGUGGAAAAACUGAAGCCUCAGUUUGUCACCAAGUGGUUGAAGACAGUAUGUGAUGUUCGCUUUGAUGUCAUGGUCAUGUGCCUUCUUCCCAAACCAAUGGAAUUCGCCAGGGUUGGUGGAUACUGGGAUAAAUCCUGCAGCACAGUGACUCAGUUGAAGGAAGGUCUCAACCGAAUCCUCUGCCUGAUCCCCUACAAUGUGAUCAGUCAGUCUGUGUGGGAGUGUAUUAUGCCGGAGUGGCUGGAAGCCAUCAGAACAGAAGUCCCAGAUAACCAGUUAAAAGAAUUCAGGGAAGUAUUAAGCAAAAUGUUUGACAUUGAGCUCUGUCCUCUACCUUUUUCAUUGGAAGAAAUGUUUGGCUUUAUUAGUUGUCGGUUCACAGGAUACCCUUCCUCUGUUCAGGAACAAGCUUUACUGUGGCUUCAUGUGUUAUCGGAGUUAGACAUCAUGGUUCCACUUCAGCUAUUGAUAAGUAUGUUUUCUGAUGGAGUUAAUUCUGUUAAAGAACUGGCAAAUCAAAGAAAAUCAAGAGUCAGUGAACUGGCAGGGAACCUUGCAGCUCGAAGGGUGAGUGUUGCCUCUGAUCCUGGCCGGCGAGUUCAGCACAAUAUGCUGAGUCCAUUUCAUAGUCCUUUCCAGAGUCCAUUUCGGAGUCCUAUGCGUAGUCCAUUUCGUAGCCCUUUCAAGAAUUUUGGACACCCAGGAGGAAGGACUAUUGACUUUGAUUGUGAAGAUGAUGAAAUGAAUCUAAAUUGUUUCAUCCUCAUGUUUGAUCUUCUCCUGAAGCAGAUGGAGUUACAAGAUGAUGGGAUCACGAUGGGUUUAGAGCACAGCUUAUCAAAGGACAUUAUUUCCAUUAUAAACAAUGUCUUCCAAGCCCCCUGGGGGGGCUCCCACACCUGCCAGAAGGACGAAAAAGCAAUUGAGUGUAACUUAUGCCAAUCUAGUAUUCUCUGCUAUCAGCUUGCUUGUGAACUCCUGGAGAGACUGGCUCCUAAAGAAGAAAGCCGGCUGGUGGAGCCCACAGACAGCCUUGAGGAUAGCCUCCUUUCUUCCAGACCAGAGUUUAUUAUAGGCCCUGAAGGUGAGGAGGAGGAGAAUCCAGCAACCAAGCAUGGGGAGAACCCAGGCGAUUGCACCAAGCCCACGGAACAUGCUGCAAUAAAGAAUGACACUGAGAGAAAGUUUUGCUACCAACAGCUUCCAGUAACUUUGAGACUAAUAUACACCAUUUUCCAGGAAAUGGCGAAGUUUGAAGAGCCAGACAUUCUUUUUAAUAUGCUCAAUUGCCUGAAGAUUCUCUGUCUACAUGGAGAGUGUUUAUACAUUGCUAGAAAAGACCAUCCUCAGUUUUUAGCCUACAUUCAGGAUCAUAUGUUGAUUGCAAGUCUGUGGAGAGUUGUCAAAUCCGAGUUCUCCCAACUGUCUUCAUUGGCGGUUCCUCUGCUUCUCCAUGCUUUGUCACUUCCUCAUGGUGCUGACAUCUUCUGGACAAUCAUAAAUGGCAAUUUCAACAGCAAAGACUGGAAGAUGAGGUUUGAAGCAGUGGAAAAAGUGGCUGUAAUUUGUAGAUUUUUGGAUAUUCACUCAGUGACCAAAAACCACCUGCUGAAGUACUCCCUGGCACAUGCCUUUUGCUGCUUUCUGACAGCUGUGGAGGAUGUCAACCCAGCAGUGGCUACCAGGGCCGGUCUCCUGCUUGACACCAUAAAGAGGCCAGCAUUGCAGGGUCUGUGUCUCUGUCUCGAUUUCCAGUUCGAUACUGUGGUUAAAGACAGACCCACAAUACUGAGCAAACUUUUACUCCUGCAUUUUCUUAAGCAAGAUAUUCCUGCCUUGAGCUGGGAGUUCUUUGUCAACAGAUUUGAGACACUUUCUUUGGAAGCUCAGCUACAUUUGGAUUGUAACAAAGAAUUUCCUUUUCCUACAACUAUCACUGCCGUAAGGACCAACGUCGCCAACCUCAGUGACGCAGCACUGUGGAAGAUCAAGAGGGCUCGUUUUGCAAGGAACCGCCAGAAGAGUGUGCGUUCUCUGAGAGACAGCGUGAAGGGGCCCGUGGAAUCCAAGAGGGCGCUCUCCCUCCCCGAGACCUUGACCUCCAAAAUUCGACAACAAUCUCCUGAGAAUGACAACACCAUCAAGGACCUGCUCCCAGAAGAUGCUGGGAUCGACCACCAGACUGUUCACCAGCUGAUUACAGUGCUCAUGAAGUUCAUGGCCAAGGACGAGAGCAGCGCUGAGUCAGACAUCAGCAGCGCGAAGGCCUUCAACACGGUCAAGCGGCACCUGUACGUCUUACUCGGCUAUGACCAACAGGAAGGCUGUUUCAUGAUUGCACCUCAAAAAAUGCGCCUGUCAACUUGCUUUAAUGCAUUUAUUGCAGGAAUUGCCCAAGUUAUGGACUAUAACAUUAACUUGGGAAAACACCUUCUCCCCUUGGUGGUUCAGGUGCUCAAAUACUGCUCUUGUCCUCAACUACGGCAUUAUUUCCAACAGCCACCUCGUUGCUCCCUCUGGUCCCUAAAACCUCACAUCCGGCAGAUGUGGUUGAAGGCGUUGCUUGUCAUCCUUUACAAGUAUCCAUAUCGGGACUGUGAUAUCAGCAAGGUCCUGCUGCAUCUGAUUCACAUAACAGUCAAUACACUCAAUGCACAGUAUCAUAGCUGCAAGCCCCAGGCCACGGCAGGACCUUUGUACAGUGACAACAGUAACAUAAGCAGAUACAGCGAAAAAGAAAAAGGUGAAAUAGAACUGGCCGAAUAUAGAGAAACGGGUGCAUUACAAGACAGCAUUCUACACUGUGUGAGAGAAGAAAGCAUUCAGAAAAAAAAGCUGCGCUCUUUAAAACAAAAAUCUCUUGAUAUAGGGAAUGCAGACUCCCUCUUGUUUACAUUAGACGAGCACCGGAGGAAGUCCUGCAUAGACCGGUGUGACCUAGAUAAGCCUCCCGCCCAUGCUGCUUAUGUCAUGCAGAGACAUGACCACGGACGGCCCAGACAGAAUUCAGCUACAAGGCCCGACGACCCCGAGGGCCCCGAGAACCCAGCAACGGAAAGUUUCCAAGAAACCCGCAGGCCUGUGAUACCUGAAGUCAGGUUAAACUGCAUGGAGACGUUUGAGGUCAAAGUGGAUUCUCCUCUCAAGCCUGCUCCUAAGGAGGAUUUAGAUCUAAUAGAUUUGUCCUCCGACUCUACAUCCGGGCCUGAAAAGUGCUCGGUGCUCUCCACCUCUGACAGUGACUCCCUUGUGUUCGAGCCUCUCCCCCCUCUCCGCAUCGUAGAGAGUGAUGAGGAAGAGGAGACCAUGGACCAAGGAAAUGAUGGUGCCUCUGGUAAAAACGCUGCCUCCCCCCAUGCCCUCCCCAGCCCCCCUUCCGUCCUCAGCCUCAGCACAACUCCUCUUGUGCAAGUAAGUGUGGAGGAUUGUUCCAAAGACUUCUCUUCCAAGGACUCAGGAAAUAACCAGUCAACAGGUGCCACGGACUCCGCCCGCGUCGCUCUGGAAGACCCCGCAGACUCCGAAGAACAUUCGAAGCCAGAGGAGUCGCAGGACUUUUCCUGUGGCAGCCCGCUCACGCUUAAGCAAAAACGAGACCUCCUCCAGAAGUCCUAUGCCCUCCCUGAGGUGUCACUGGAUGACAGCCCUGAGCCCAGCAUCGAGGAGGAGAAGCCUGGUGGCCCGGUGCCAAGUUCAGGGGCAAAAACUGUCCUCCUCAAAGUCCCCGAGGAUGCCGAGAACCCAACGGAAAGUGAGAAGCCCGACGCCAGCGCCGAGUCGGACACAGAACAGAAUCCCGAGAGGAAGGCAGAAGAGGAGGGAGCGGAGGAAUCCGAAUUCAAGAUCCAGAUUGUUCCCCGGCAGAGGAAGCAGCGCAAGAUCGCUGUCAGUGCCAUCCAGAGAGAGUACCUGGAUAUCUCCUUCAACAUUCUAGACAAGCUGGGAGAACAGAAAGACCCAGAUCCCACUACUAAAGGACUUUCAACUUUGGAAAUGCCACGAGAAUCCUCAUCUGCCCCCACAUUAGAAGCAGGUGUGCCAGAAACAAGCAGCCAUUCCUCAAUAUCAACUCAGUAUAGGCAGAUGAAAAGGGGAUCCCUGGGAGCUCUGACAAUGAGCCAGUUAAUGAAGCGACAGCUGGAACAUCAGUCUAGCGCCCCCCAUAACAUCAGCAACUGGGACACUGAACAGAUACAGCCUGGGAAACGCCAGUGCAAUGUGCCAAUGUGCCUAAACCCUGACCUGGAGGGACAGCCGUUGAGAAUGAGAGGCGCCACGAAAUCCAGCCUGCUGUCGGCCCCCAGCAUCGUCAGUAUGUUUGUGCCGGCCCCGGAAGAAUUCACCGAUGAGCAGCCGACAGUGAUGACAGACAAAUGCCAUGACUGUGGGGCCAUUCUUGAAGAAUAUGACGAGGAAACCCUUGGGCUGGCCAUUGUGGUCCUCUCCACAUUCAUUCACUUAAGCCCAGACCUGGCAGCCCCACUGUUGCUGGAUAUAAUGCAGUCCGUGGGAAGAUUGGCAUCCAGCACGACUUUUUCUAAUCAAGCAGAAAGCAUGAUGGUUCCUGGCAACGCUGCGGGGGUGGCCAAGCAGUUCCUGCGCUGCAUCUUCCAUCAGCUGGCCCCCAACGGCAUCUUCCCGCAGCUGUUCCAGAGCACUAUCAAAGAUGGGACUUUUUUACGGACCUUAGCCACGUCUCUGAUGGACUUCAAUGAACUGAGCUCUAUUGCUGCUCUCAGUCAGCUCCUGGAGGGUCUAAAUAACAAAAAGAAUUUACCAGCAGGGGGUGCUAUGAUACGCUGUUUGGAAAACAUUGCUACCUUCAUGGAAGCUUUGCCCAUGGAUUCUCCUAGCAGCCUUUGGACCACAAUCAGCAACCAGUUUCAGACAUUUUUUGCCAAGCUGCCUUGUGUUUUGCCUCUGAAGUGUUCUUUAGAUUCCAGUUUGAGAAUCAUGAUUUGCCUCUUGAAGAUACCCUCUACCAAUGCCACAAGGAGUCUGUUGGAGCCAUUUUCAAAACUGCUCAGCUUUGUAAUUCAGAAUGCUGUCUUUACCCUGGCCUACCUGGUGGAGGUGUGUGGUCUGUGUUACCGAGCUUUCACGAAGGAGCGGGAUAAAUUCUACUUGUCUCGUAGUGUUGUUCUGGAGCUCCUGCAGGCCCUGAAGCUCAAAUCCCCUUUACCAGAUACAAACCUCCUCCUGCUUGUCCAGUUUAUUUGUGCAGAUGCUGGAACCAAACUAGCUGAGUCAACAAUCCUGAGCAAGCAGAUGAUUGCCUCCGUACCUGGAUGUGGGACUGCCGCGAUGGAGUGUGUGCGGCAGUACAUCAGCGAGGUGCUGGACUUCAUGGCCGACAUGCACACGCUCACCAAACUCAAGAGCCACAUGAAGACAUGUUCCCAGCCUCUGCAUGAAGAUACCUUUGGUGGACAUCUCAAAGUUGGGCUGGCUCAGAUUGCAGCCAUGGAAAUCUCACGGGGCAACCACAGAGAUAACAAAGCUGUGAUUCGCUAUCUGCCUUGGCUCUAUCAUCCCCCUUCUGCGAUGCAACAAGGACCGAAAGAAUUCAUCGAGUGUGUCUCCCGCAUCCGUCUGCUGUCCUGGCUACUCCUGGGCUCCCUCACUCAUAAUGCAGUGUGUCCAAAUGCCUCCUCUCCCUGCCUGCCCAUACCUCUGGAUGCAGGCUCUCAUAUCGCAGACCAUCUUAUUGUUAUCCUGAUUGGAUUUCCAGAGCAAUCAAAGACCUCCGUGCUGCACAUGUGCUCUCUCUUCCAUGCGUUUAUCUUUGCUCAGCUCUGGACUGUGUAUUGCGAACAAAGUGCCGUAGCAACAAACGUCCAAAGUCAGAAUGAAUUCAGCUUCACGGCGAUACUGACCGCACUAGAGUUUUGGAGCAGGGUGACGCCCAGCAUCCUUCAGCUGAUGGCCCAUAACAAAGUGAUGGUAGAAAUGGUGUGUCUCCAUGUGAUUAGUUUAAUGGAGGCAUUGCAAGAAUGCAAUUCAACAAUUUUUGUCAAGCUGAUACCCAUGUGGUUGCCAAUGAUUCAGUCAAACAUCAAGCACUUAUCGGCCGGACUCCAGCUUCGCCUCCAGGCCAUUCAGAACAACGUGAACCACCACAGCCUAAGGAUGCUGCCCGGCUCGGCCCCGAGCAGCGCCGGCCUCGUGGCCCUCCGCAAGUGGCUGCAGUGUACGCAGUUCAAAAUGGCCCAGGUGGAGAUCCAGUCCUCAGAUGCGGCCUCACAAUUUUACCCUCUAUGAGCGGCCCCCUCGGCUCUCAGUGUCAACACUCUGGUUUAGCAAUAAUGGGUUUCAAAACAAAACAAUUUGAUCCAAGCAGGUUGGGGAACAUAUUGGUACUGUACAUUCUCUUUCUAGUUUAGUAAAAAAAAAAAAAAAGACGUGCAAAGGCCAGAGAGGGCCAAAAAAUGAAGCUUUCUUGCUACACAUCUUUCUGAUGACUCCUUGGGCUAUCUGAUUAAGUGUUUCCUUACAUUAUUUUUUAAAAAAACCAAAUCAUUUUUCUUUAACUAACUUCUAUUUUUUUUAAGAAAAAAAAAAACAAUAGACUGGUGGGUACUCACAGAAAAGUUGUAUAAGUCCCCCUGUUGCUAUUUUUGAUGAUAGAGAAUAAAUAGGGUUUUUGAAACCUUUGUAGUGUUUUUUCUUAAAAUCCACUCUUGGCAAUGCAAUAAAAAAAAACCCCGUCACCAUAAGCCAGUG